AUGUCUCUUUCUUUCUCAAUUGCAUACAAUAACGUCUCCAAGAAGGUCACAUGCUCGCGUACAAACACCGUCAACCAAUUGGCGUCGCUUGCCAUUGCCAAAUUCAACCUCCCCUCCUCGGUCCAUGGCUCUUUACUCCAUAACGGCAAGAAACUCGAUGGCCUUUUGCCACUUAGAUUGACGAAUUUGGUUAACAACGCCAAGUUGUCGUUGGAAGUGUCUACAUCGCUGCGUCCAGUGACUUUGAAAGUGGUUGGGUCAGUUUUGGGCGAGCGGAAGCAGAAGAUAAUUAAGACAAAGACUGAUAGCUCCCUAGAGGAGCUUCUAGACACUUUCGCUAAAGAAACCGGGACGAAGUACGAGGGUUUAUAUGUGCAGAUCAGUAUGCUCGAUGCAAGGAUUGAUAACGGCUCAACCGAUUUCAAGGAAACACAGUUGGGGUCCAUCUUGGGAUCUGCUGAUAAUGCCGUUUUGAGAAUCACCAUUGAGAGUCAUGAGACGCAGACUCAGAGAGAAAAACUUCAGGCCAAGCAGACCGAAUUGAGAAGGCAGCUUGAGGAACACAAGCGACAGGCAAGAUUACUUGAGAAGAGGCUAAUGGAGGAGGCUGGUCAGACAGAGCAGGAAAGUCAGGCAGAAACGAAACAAAUUGAAAGUGCGACAGGCGAGCAUGUGGACGAUGAAAACUCGAGUCCACAAUCCGAAAGUGACCUGUUUGUUAAUGUAGUGGAGAAGGAUGCCGGUGUAAAAGAUGAAAGUCAAGAAAUGGACACCAGUGAAGCUCCAGUUUCACCUCCUUCUCCCACUGCCACUCCAGAUCCAUCACUUUCUGGCGUUUCCGUCGCAACAUAUGAGCCAGAGUCUUUCCAGGUGAAGCAAAUAGACCAAGAUACUGUCUUUGUGCCUCAAGGUCGUUCACAGCACUACGAAAACCCCGAUAGCGACUACAACUUGACAGUUGCACAGGCAGAAAAGUACUACAGCAUCAUCAAGUCCAUGCAAACAAACAAGAGGCAUGCACCAAAAGAUGUUAUCCCUCCGCUGUCCUAUAAAAUCAGAAUCAGGUUCCCUGACAGGGCUCUUUUGGAUAUUAAGAUCGACGAAUCGUCAAUGAAGCUCGGACAGCUUCUCAAAAAAGUGGACGGAUACGUUCAUGAGCGGCAUAUCAAUUCCUACAGACUUCGCAAUGGGGUACCACCUUUUGAAGAAAUUGCAGUGGGGUUUCAAGAGAACAAUAAGGAGCUCAAGCACCAUAAAUUUUUCCAGAACGAACGGAUCAUGCUCAUUUGGGAAUCGACGGAGAAAUUAGCAAAAGGCCCAUUUUUGAAGCUGACUGUGAACACGAGAAGCAUUGAGGAGAUGCCAACAGUGCAAUUGGAAACGAAUCGAGGCCAAUUGGCGGAUGACGAGGCGGAGAAGAGAAGGCACUCUGGUCUGGAAGCCUCUGCAUCAAACAAAUCGGAGAAGAAGAAGCAUGGCUUGCCCAAGUGGUUUAAGCCAGGCAAAUGA